CAAACCCACAAACCCAUUUCUGCUCGGAUGACGAGCCAAUCUAAAGCCACCAUUUCUCUCCCUCUCUCUCUCUCUUUCUCUGUGUCUCUGUCUGUCUGCUUCCUCGGAAAAACGAAAAUCUGCCGGAAAAUUCUCUGUUAAGUCUCCGGGCAAUCGUUCCCCCGUCGGAAUGGUUUCUCCGGAGAGCACCAAUUGGCUGUUUGACUGCGGGUUGAUUGAAGACAUCACCGUCCCCGAUGGGAGUUUCCAGGUCUCCGGUUCGGGCUUCUCGUGGCCCAUUCAGGCCGUGAACGAGUCUUCCAUCUUCAGCUCAAAAAUUGAUGGAUCCUUGGGAGAAUCUGAUGGCCCUAAGGAGACUGGCUCAAAAAAGAGGAACAGAUCUGAGCCAUGCGGAACAUCUAGUUCCAAGGCUUGUAGGGAGAAGUUGCGGAGAGAUAGACUAAAUGACAAGUUUACGGAGUUGGGAUGCAUACUGGAGCCUGGAAGGCCUCCUAAGACUGACAAGGCUGCCAUCUUGAUUGACGCUGUUCGAAUGGUGACUCAGUUGCGGGGUGAAGCCCAGAAAUUGAAGGAGUCCAACUCUAGCCUCCAGGAGAAAAUCAAAGAGUUGAAAGCUGAGAAAAAUGAGCUCCACGAUGAGAAACGGAGGCUGAAGGCGGAGAAGGAGAAACUGGGGCAGCAGCUGAAGACCAUGAGUACGCAGCCGAGCUUCAUGCCUGCUCCUCCACCUCCUGUGAUCCCUGCUGCCUUUGCCGCUGUGCCUCAUGGCCAAGUUCCUGCUCCCAGGAACAAAUUGGUCCCAUUCAUCAGCUACCCAGGAGUCGCCAUGUGGCAGUUCAUGCCUCCUGCCACUGUGGAUACCUCACAGGAUCAUGUCCUCCGCCCGCCCGUGGCUUGAGUUAUUACACAUUAAAGGGCUAUAUCAAUCGGCAAAUCUCAUUCUCAUUUGCCUGUUAUUAUUUUUCUUCUUUUCCUGACAGAAGAAGUCUCUCUGACUGAAUUUUUGUUGGUAAAUGACUGCAUUUGCCAUCCAUGGCGACUGAACUUCCAUCAACCGUGUCAAUUUUAUUCUCUCCCCCAUGUAAAUGCUCGUGAAUUACAUCAUUUAAGCAGCUAUCUAUUGUUCUAAAAAAGAAUCUCAGGGUGCAUUCUCA